AUGUUGGUCAAAACUUUGGUUUUAUUGGCUGCCUUCCAGGUGGUUUUAGUGUCGGGUUCGCCUGAAUUUGUGGGUAUUGGUAGAGGGCUGGUGGCUUCUACUAGCUCUGCAGACUGAAGAACCUGUAUUAAUAAUAGUGCUCAGAGAUGGUGUGCUUCCACUGGCACAGAACAGACUGUUGGAGAGUGAUGCAAUUCAGGAGAUACUACAGGAUAUUGUGCCUCAAGUAGUUCAGGAAAUAGCUAUGUUUGAUCCGACUCCAGCAACAUUGAGAGUAGCGGAGGUUUCAUACUAUGUCCUGUUGAUGGUACUAUUUGAGGAUCCAGAAGUCAUUCUCUUAGUGACACAUCGAAGAGAUAUAUAUUGGAGCACUCAUCAAUUACUUCAAAUGUAGUAUGUUCAUAUAGAUUAUUCACAACCAAUGGAGAUGUUUCAAAGGCCAAGAUAAAGGCGACUACUUUGGCUGGCCUCACCACAACAUUAUUCACAGGACCCAGAGACAAGAACGAGUACGCCUACAAGGCCACGCUUGCUGCUAACAAUGAGCAAUCAAUCUCCUUCUCCACCUCGACUGAUGCCUAUCUAGUAGUCGAGCCUUCAAGCACUACUAAUAGUUUUAGUAUCACUAUUGAGAUUAAUGGAGGCGACAGCUCUGCAGUGGUAGUCUGGGUGGUGAGUAUUGUUGCUAUUUGUUGUUGCUGUGGAUGCUGUGGGCUUGGCAUAUUGCUGUGCAUUUGGAUGAUUAAGAAGAAGGGUAAGGAAGGUAAGGAAGGUAACCCUAAAACCUCUUUCGACAACCCCGAGGCCAGAGAAGGAGUCUACCAAGAAACCGCACGCAAAAUGAACUCUUCCAAAGAAGCCAACUCUUCCUCCCACCUGCCCAACGCAGACAACAUGUACGACAUGUCUAAAGAUCCUAACCACCAAGCCCCAGAUGCUGAAGAACAAAACUAAAAUUUGGAAGAUCAAAAUCAAGAAAUCU